AUGGGCAGGAAAACAAGGUCACAACCAGAAAGCCCUCCCGCCGAGGAACCUGACACGAACGGCAUUUUGACUUCGCGCGGCUACAAGGUCAUUCGGUAUGAUCGCGAGGACUACCGAAUCUUCCUAGACCCAGAUACCCUGAACCUCAGCGCCACGGACCCAGGACCUUACAACAUCAUUAGUCCAGCGACAUGGAGAUACGUCGGUUGCCCCAUCAGUUUGCCCGGCCUUGGGGGAACUCCCGGGGCAUUCAUCUCAUUCACACAAGGACUGUCACCCAGUGAAGAGACGAUCAUAGACGGCGCCAUGCCGCUGCACGCCUGGGCGAGCAUCCACGUGGAAGGAAACCUGAUGAAGUCGUUAAGCCAGAUCCUACAGUGCGUGCACGAGAAGUGGGUGAAAGAGAAAUCCGACUACGACAGCUACGUCCUGACAAUCCACGCGCACAACACCUUCUUCGACCUCGCGAACCCCGACAUGCAAUUCCCUCCGCUGCAGCCGCUGAUCUGGCGCACGUACAAAGACCCUCCGCCCACGGCGCCGGGCCCGGUGCUGCUGCACGCGAUUGCGCGCCCGCUGGGCGAAGGCACGUGGUUCCAAGUCGACCGGGCGAAAGCGCAGGGCAGGCUGGACGAGCUGGAGGAGGGGCAGGGCGAGCUGCCGUCCCCGCUAUGGGAGAAAGACCCGCUCGACUUCGUCCACUAUAGCCCCACUAUCGACGGGCUCAGUGAGCCUCCGCCGCAUCCUGACCACUUGCAGCAGCUUAUGGAUGCGAGCAGAGCGCAGCUGAAGCCGGGAGAGCUUGCAGUCUUCUACGGCACUGACGCGGAGUUCCCUGCCGUCUUCGCCACGCCCGAGUGGCCCGGCGUCGGACUCACUAUCUCGCUGACGCUGGGCUCAAGAGCUCAGAUCCAUGAACACUUGGAGGUGGGCGAGUUCUUUGAUAAUGGCGAUGGGACGGUCAUGAUCGGUGGUGAUCUGGACAAGGACAAGUACGUUCGUGCGCCUAUGGGCUCCUGGCCGAAACCGGCGACUACUGGGGCGAUUUAUCAGCUUUGA